UUACAGUAUACACCUAUCUAUCUUCCACAAGCAUCAGAGGUCUCUCCAUCAGUUUCCGCGAUACUGAGCGCGACUGCUGCGCAAAACAUGGCAUCUUUGCGCUCCGAAGAACCGCUCUCCUCUGCCGCGCACCUCUGCGUCUUUCUGUUGAUCGCCUCGGCCUGGAUGGCACUGCCGGGACCCGUGCGCUGUGACAGCGGGGCUAUAAACCGGCGCGGCGGGGAGGACCGUACGUUUGACAUGGGCGGCGGAGACGGAGGCUCCCCGCCGGGCUUACCGACGGAAGGUGACGAGGAAGCCGUUGGAGGAGAAGGCUCACUCCGCUUCAGGAGAGCGCUGUCCCGGGAAAAACAAAUGUCCCUGCUCAGCAGCUCUUUCGUGCUUAAAGGGGAUGCGACCCACAACCAGGCGAUGGUCCACUGGACAGGAGAGAAUAGCAGCGUCAUCCUGAUCCUGACCAAGUACUACCACGCUGACUCCACCAAGGUGCUGGAGAGCUCACUCUGGAGAUCUACUGACUAUGGGACCACCUACACCAAACUCAACCUGAUGCCAGGGACGACAAUCGUGGUGACCAGUUUCUACAUCUGCCCAACAAACAAACGAAAGGUAGUGCUGGUGGGUUCAUCCAUAAAUGAAAGGGAUCAGAUGCUGUUCAUCAGCACAGAUGAAGGUUCCUCCUUCCAGCGACAGCCCAUCUCCUUCACCCCGGACACGGUCGUUUUCCACCCUAAGGAAGAGGACAAGCUCCUGGCCUACUGCAAGGAGGGCAGGCUCUUUGCUUCUACAGACCUGGGUCGUAAGUGGACUUUGCUUCAGGAGCGCGUGACCAAGGACAAAGUCUUCUGGUCAGUAUCAGGUGUUGAUGUGGACCCCGAUCUGGUACACAUGGAAAUGCAAGACACGAGUGGAGGAUACCUAUAUGUUACCUGUCUCAUCCAGAACUGUUCGGACAAAAUGGUGACGGCUCAGUUUCUCGGCAAAAUCGACCACAACUCUCUUCUGGUGCAGGACGACUACAUCUUUGUCAAGGUCACCACAGGGAAUCGCACAAAGCACUAUGUGUCCUAUCGGCGCAACGAGUUUGUCCAGAUGAGGUUUCCCAAGUACGCCUUGCCAAAGGAUGUUCAGAUAGUGAGUACUGAUGAGAACCAGGUCUUCCUCGCCCUCCAGGAGUGGUACCAGACAGACACAUAUAACUUGUACCAGUCUGACCCCCAGGGCAUCUAUUACUCCAUUGUGCUAGAAAAUGUUCGCAGCACCAAGCAGCCAGAGGAGAAUGUCCUUGUUGACAUACUUGAGGUGCGUGGGAUCAAAGGAGUCUUCCUAGCCAAUCAGAAGAUCGAUGGAAAAGUGACAACCCUCAUCACCUAUAACAAAGGACAGAGUUGGGAUCUCUUGGCCCCACCUAUGACUGACAUGAAUGGCAAGCCGAUAACCUGCAAAGCACCGGACUGUCACCUCCACCUCCACCUACGCUGGGCGGACAACCCGUAUGUGUCGGGGACUGUCCACACCAAAGACUCUGCUCCAGGUCUCAUCAUGGGAGCUGGUAACCUUGGCUCCAAGCUAGUGGAGUAUAAGGAAGAGAUGUACAUCACCUCAGACUGCGGAAAGACGUGGAGACAGGUUUUCGAAGAGGAGCAUCACAUCCUGUACCUGGACCACGGUGGCGUCAUUGUUGCCAUCAAGGACACCUCCAUUCCCCUCAAAAUACUCAAAUUCAGCAUCGAUGAAGGACAGACGUGGAGUGUUCAUAACUUCACCAGCACCUCUGUGUUUGUUGAUGGACUUCUGAGCGAGCCUGGAGAUGAAACCCUGGUUAUGACUGUGUUCGGCCACAUCAGCUACAGGUCAGACUGGGAGUUGGUAAAAGUGGACUUCAGGCAGUCUUUCCCCCUUCAGUGCACUGAGUCUGACUACGAGUCCUGGCAGCUCACAGACAUGCAGGGAGAGAAGUGCAUUAUGGGCCAGGAGCAGAGUUUCAGGAAAAGGAAGGACACAGCAUUCUGUAUCAAAGGAAAAAGCUACACAUCAGCCCUCAACACUAAACCCUGUCAAUGCACCGAGAAAGACUUCAGCUGUGACUACGGAUUUGAACGCUCCCAAACGGAAGGCAGUCGCUGCUUCGCUGACUUCUGGCACAAUCCAGAUUCACCACCAGAGGACUGCCAUUUAGGACAAACCUACGAGUCCAGCACUGGCUACAGGAAGGUCAUUUCCAACAUUUGUGAAGGGGGGCUAAACAAGCAGCAGAGCGCCAAACAGCACAAUUGCCCUCUGCUGCCCCCUAAAGGACUCCAGGUCGGUAUCAAAGGGCAGAUGUUGGCCGUGGCACCUGGUGAUGACAUCACAUUCAUUGUCCACCAGGAACAGGGAGACACCAGCAGUACCAAGUACCAGGUGGACCUCGGUGAUGGGGUCCGUGCCAUCUACCAAAACCUGACGGUGACAGAUGAGCCCAUCCAGCACCGCUAUGAAAAUCCAGGCGUUUACAAGGUCACAGUGAAGGCCGAGAAUAUGGCAGGGCACGAUGAGGCCACCAUGUACAUCCAGGUCGCAGCCCCCCUGCAGAAAGUGCACCUGGAAAUGGUUCCCAUCACUGGGAGAAACCAUGAGGUCAAUCUGACAGCCAUAGUUCUUCCCACUGAGGCCAACCUGUCCGUCUUCAACUGGUGGAUUGGAGAAAACCUGCAGUCCACGCUGACACUGCAGAACAGCCUCCUGACUCGCUUCCCAGAAUCUGGAGAGUUUUCAGUCACUGUCCAGGCUUCUAACGGCCGCUCGAUGGUGCAGGAUACCAGAACAGUUCGAGUCUACGAUAAUUUCCAGGUCAUCCCUCUGAGAUUCAGCACCAACCUGGACCGCUUCAACCCAAACAUCCCAGAGUGGAGAGAGGACAUUGGCCAGGUUGUCACCAAAAUAAUCACAAAGAACACAGGUGUCCCUCUGGACUCCCUGGUUACUGUGGUGAAUCCAGGCCUCCCCACCACUGCUGACCUGUACGUCCUCCCACUGGACAGCAAACCUGCCAAGAGGAGCGUGUUUGUAGAUAAGCGUAUUCCCGCCAUCAUACAAGCCCUUAACAGCAACAACGUCAGCUUCGUGGUGCGAGGAGGGCUACAAGUGCUGGUGAUGCUAGCUGACCCAAACGCAGGUCUAAAUGCUAUUGAAUCAACAUCUACAGAAGCAAAGACUGGCUACGGUGGAGCUGCUGGAGGUCCGGGUGUUUGGGCUCUAGCAGCCAUCUUCCUAAUCAGCCUGAUCGCCACCGGCUCCUUCAUCCUCUACAAGUUCAAAAGUCCUUGGCUUAGGACUGAGGAUGCUUAUCCCCCACUGUUUUUCAGGAAUCCCCUGGGCAACCGCAAUAUCUACGCGCAGAUGCACAACGAGAAGGAGCAGGAGAUGACCAGUCCCGUCAAUCACAGCGAGGACACCCAGCACAUCAUCCAGGGGGAGGAGUUCAUCGACGACGACCUGGACUCGCAGACUCUAGGUAACGCAGGAGGUAGCCCCGCCUUCCGUUCGCUUAUAAGGACUACCACUAACCACUGCUACUAAAACCCAAGCCACUCACACCAGCAGCUAACACACAACAAGGUAACCAUUCCGGUGUGGUCCUGAGCAUCAACUCCAGAGAACUGCAUAGUUACCUGACCAGCUGAUAGCUGCCAUGGUAAAAUGCUAACGAGCUAGCAGAGCUUAGCUGGCGAACGAACACAGGGACUCCACUCAGCCUUCCUCCUUUUCCUCCUUUCCCUUCGCCUCUUCUUGGGACACUGCACCUCCACACCAUGGCCUCUUCAGCCGCACAACUCCUGCUUUGGAUGUAAUUCUGUUGGGUUCCUUGUGUUUUAUUUUAGUUUGGGAGUGGUGGUGGGGGGGAUGGUGGUGGUCAUCGUAAAGGACACUUGCUCAGUUGUGUUUUGAAUGAAAAAUCUGUGUGUAUGUUGUCUCUCACUUAAUAGACACUCUAAUCAAGCAGCAUGACUCACUGCACUGGUGUUCCAUUACCAAGAGCCAGGUAUAGGAAAAGUGGCUGGAGACAGAUUUUCUAAAAGGAUUUUCCAAGCAUUAGGAUGGCAAAGUCUAUCAAAAAAAAAAAAUACUCUUCCCACCUCGUUGUUCUCUCUCUUUGUUUACCACACAUAAUAGACACUCUCUCUCUUCACAGGCAAUAAUGGUCUCCCAACGGAAUGUAGGAUAGGAUAAGCCCUUGUAAGUUUGCAUAUGAAGAGUGUAAGUAUGCAAACGCAAGAAGGCAGUGUUGCACUUUUUAAAAUUCCUACUCACAGGGGAGUAUGUCCACAGAGCAUUAACAGUUUUUCCUGAUCCCACUUCAUCCAAAUACAUAACCCAGACAUUAAGUUGUGUGGUGUUUAAAAUCAGCACUACCUUUUUAGGAGCUCAACGUCUGUCCCAUGGUGCCUAAAAUGGCAGAUAUUUAUCUGCUCAGUGACAUUACCCAUUGUCAAGUUUUAUUUAUUUUCCCCUCACACAAUUCCUGGGUAUUAAAGCGGGCGUCAGCCUGAAGACAAACGCCACCAUGGAAGGAAGGUGUAGUUGAUGUAUUUUACUGUAUCAGCCUAUAUUAGGCGUAGCCCGAUGUUCAAUCAUGUCUCCUUUAAAGGUUUGGUUUGUUGUAAAUGUAAAUAUGUAAAUAUGAUCUCCACUUUGUAUAUAUUCCCUUGACAUGUGUGCGAGUGUUUUACACUUCUACCAAAAUACACACUUUUUUGCAGCAAAUCCUCAAAAAAAUUCUCACUGUAUCCAGUUUCCUCUAGCCAUUGCCUGCUUCACAUGUAUCCAUUUUCAACUCUUUCAGUAUAAUCUCAUGAGCAGGAUAAUUUGAUGGUCUUCAUCGAUAACUGGAGAAAAUGUCCUCGUCUUAUAAAAAUACUCAUGACUACACAGUGACAACGAUCUAUAUGGAUAUUUUUGAUACACUAAGUUUUUCUCAAUAUGUGUGAACACUUGUUAUUUUUUCGGUUGCCUUUUGUUGAAUGCUUUUUUGUUUAUUUGAUAGCACUAAUGAUGUAAGGAGCGCUGUCGACAUGUACCGCACCGCAUCUGAUUACUGACUCAAAUGAAAAGGCCUCAACAGGCUUACAGUGCUACCAUUAUCACCAAGACCACCCAUUGGUUCGCCUUGUAUUCGAUACAAACAGCAGUUAACAUUCACUUGUUCUCAUUUAGACCUUAAUUCAUCUUUUGUACAUAUUCUGCUCAUGUUCAACUUGUUCUUAGUUUUCUAGUGAUGUGUCGUCAUGUAUCGGUGCCCUUAACCUUAACAAAGGGGUAAUUAGGAAUUAUGAUAUUCCAAUAUAAUAGUGAAAGUUUCACACCUGAUGGCACGACGAUGUAAUUUUGACCACACUGGUUUUCUUUUGUUAUUUUUCUCUUUCUGAUGGGCUUGUUUGAUCCAUUAAUUUUGCUAUUAAAACAACUGUGUGUCCUAAUCAGGAAGCCUAAUGCACUGAACCUGCAUCCUGGAAUAAAUCACUCCCAUAACUUA